UUAAAUCCUCUGUAGAGAGAGACGACGAGAGUUUCAGAGAUGAACCACCACCCAAGAUUAAAGGGAGAGAGAUCACAAUUACUAGAACCUCCCCCUCCGUACCAUGUCAUUUACAAGCUUCCUCCUGGUGAUGGUCCUUAUGUUCGCGCCAAACACGUCCAGGUUGUCUGCUUCCCGUGGAUACAUCGGGCUCGCACGGCUAGUUCAUCCUAGGCACAACAAGUGGGCUAGUGAUUUGGUUCAAAAGGAUCCUGAGGCAGCCAUAGUGUUGUUUUGGAAGGCGAUAAAUGCCGGAGACAGAGUUGAUAGUGCCCUAAAAGACAUGGCAAUAAUCAUGAAACAACAAGAAAGGGCAGAAGAAGCAAUUGAAGCUGUAAAGUCUUUUAGGCAUCUCUGCUCCAAGCAAGCCCAGGAAUCACUAAACAAUGUACUCAUUGACUUGUACAAGAAAUGUGGAAGAGUGGAUGAGCAGAUAGAGCUUUUGAAGGAGAGGCUUCGGAUGAUUUACCAAGGAGAGGCCUUCAAUGGGAAGCCUACCAAGACAGCACGCUCUCAUGGCAAGAAGUUCCAGGUCACCAUUAAACAGGAGACAUCACGGAUACUGGGGAAUCUGGGUUGGGCUUACAUGCAAAAAGAAAAUUACAAGGCAGCAGAGGUCGUAUAUCGUAAAGCUCAGCAAAUAGACCCUGACGCCAACAAGGCCUGCAACUUGUGCCUUUGCAUGAUCAAGCAAGCACGAUUCACCGAAGCUCGUAUAGAAAUUGAUGAAAUAUUGCAAGGCAAGCUUUCAGGAUCUGAUGAACCCAAGUCAAGAAACCGUGCAGAGGCAUUGCUUCGCGAAUUGGAUACAUGCCAACCUGCAUCAUCGUUGACUUUACCGGGAUUAAAUUUAGAGGAUGCUUUUAUUGAGGGUCUUGAUCAGUUGAUUACACAACAGGCCCCAUACAGAUCAAGAAGACUUCCCAUCUUUGAAGAGAUAUCCUCAUUUAGAGAUCAGUUAGCAUGUUAAUAUAAGGGGAUUGUUGACGAGUGUGAAAGAAACCACUUGAGUUAGUAGCUCCUCUGUAACGUAUGAAACUUGUAUACGAGUUGUUCUUCUCAUUUCCUUGGCUAAUCAGAUGCUCUUUUUUUCUU